AUGUUCCGGCAAUUUCUCAAAAUGGCCUCCGAAUCCGUCAGCAAGAAACCCCGCAUUGACUCCCCGUCCAUCGGGACUCACAACGGCCACUUUCACGCUGAUGAAGCCCUCGCUGUCUACCUCCUCCGCCUCCUCCCCGCCUACUCCCAGUCACCCCUAACUCGCACCCGUGACCCCGCCCUCCUCGCAACCUGCCACACAGUCGUCGACGUCGGCGGUGAAUACGACGCCUCCACAAACCGCUACGACCACCACCAGCGCACCUUCAACACAACCUUCCCAGGGUACAAGACGAAGCUCUCCUCCGCAGGCCUGGUGUACAUGCACUUUGGGCAAAACAUCAUCGCCAAUCACGCCUCUCUCCCGACCGAGCACAGCAAUGUAAGCUUGAUCUUCAACAAGCUGUACGCGGACUUCAUCGAGGCGAUUGACGCCAACGACAACGGUAUCGCGGCUUACGAUCCCGAGAGUAUUGCGCAGGCCGGCAUCGAGAAGAAAUUCAAGGAUGGCGGUGUCACGAUCGCAAGCAUUGUAAAUGACAUGAACUACCCCACUCCCGAGGACGAGGCCGCGCAGCUCGACGAGGACGGCCUGUUUAACCAGGCGAGUCAGUUCGUGGGCUCCGUAUUCUCUCGCAAGCUCCGCGGGGCCGUUUCGUCCUGGUUACCUGCCCGUGAAACGGUGAAGAGCGCCUACGAGGGCCGGAAGGACGUUCACGGUAGCGGAAAGAUCAUGGUUCUCCCGCAGGGCGGGGUUCCGUGGAAGGAGCAUCUGUACAACUUCGAGAAGGAGGCGAAGGCUGCCGGUGCUGGAGAGGAGGCUGAAGUGGCCUAUGUUCUCUACCCCGAGAGUGCCACGGAGGGGUCCAAGUGGCGGGUCCAGGCUGUCUCCGUGAACGAGGGGAGCUUUGUCUCGAGGAAGCCCCUGCCUGAGAAGUGGCGCGGGGUUCGGGAUGCGGAUCUGGAUGGUGUUCUUGCUGCUGAAGGUGGUGAGCCUGCUAUCCCUGAGGGAGCGGUCUUUGUCCAUGCGAGCGGGUUCAUUGGUGGACACAAGACGCGCGAGGGAGCGUACGCUAUGGCUGUCAACGGUCUGCAGUAA